AUGUCGGAUAAUGUCAAAGUUGCUGUUCGUGUUCGUCCCUUUAACAACAGGGAGAAAGAGAAAAAUAGCGUAUGCAUCAUAUCCAUGCAUGAGAAAACAACGACAAUCAGAAAUCCUGAAAGUAACGAAGAGAAAAGUUUCGCCUUCGAUUAUUCUUAUUGGAGUCACAACCCUUCCGACCCAAACUUCGCAACACAAGCGAUCGUCUUUAACGAUCUUGGUAUCGGAGUGCUAGAGAAUGCUUGGAAGGGUUACAAUGUCAGCCUGUUUGCAUAUGGGCAAACAGGUUCGGGAAAGUCUUACUCCAUGGUUGGUUAUGGCGUGGAUAAAGGCAUCAUCCCUUGUGCCUGUCAAGAAUUGUUUAGAAGAAUCUCAGAGAACCCGGAUAGUACAGUUACAUUUAAGGGCCCUUACGUCGACGGUCUUGCGCUCUUACCCGUCAAGGAUUUAGCUUACAUCGAGCAAUUGAUGGAUGAAGGAACUCGAGCUCGUACUGUUGCUUCAACGCAGAUGAACGCAACAAGCUCCCGUGCACACACAAUCUUCACCAUCAUUCUGACGCAAACGACAACAAACAUGACGACAAUGAAGGUAAUGGACAAGGUUAGCAAAAUAAAUCUCGUGGAUCUCGCUGGAAGUGAACGUGCAGCAAGCACUGGAGCAACGGGAGAUCGCUUAAAAGAAGGAGCAGCAAUCAACAAAUCUUUGUCCGCUCUUGGCAAUGUUAUCUCAGCUUUGGCAGAUGCAAGCGAGAAGAAAGGAAAACAAGUUUUUGUUCCUUACCGAGACUCCAUCUUGACUUGGUUGCUCAAAGAAUCUCUGGGAGGAAACUCAAGGACAAUCAUGAUUGCUGCUUUAUCCCCCGCCGACAUCAAUUAUGAGGAAACUCUUAGCACCUUGCGACCCAACCAAAAGCUGAUCAGAGAGUUGCAGGAAGAGGUAGAACGGCUGAGAAAGCUUGCAGAAAAAUCCACUCCGAGCGAGGUUGAGCUUGAAUCUUUGACAGCAGCAGCAAGGAAGGAGGCUGAGGAAGCAGCUAGGGAGAAGUCCAAGCUCGAAGAGGAGCUGGCGGAAAGCAAGAAGCUCCUGGAAGAGCUCAACAAAUCAUGGGAUGAAAAAAUCAAAGAUGCUGAGGCGAUGGAGUCAGAUAGGAAGCGAAUCAUGGAAGAGAUGGGAAUCGCUGUAUCGGAGGAUGAACUCUCGAUGCCACAGUUGGUCAACAUAAACGAAGAUCCGAUGAAGUCUGGAGCUGUCAUCUACGCCCUGCGCGGCGGGACUACAACUGUAGGCAGACCAGAUGCAGACGUGCCGCAAACUAUCAAAUUCGUGGGGCUCAACAUGUCGAAGGAGCACUGUCGCAUCAUCAACGAUGGUGGAGCAGUCAGCAUUGUUAAAGUUGGCAACUCUCGCACCUGGAUCAACGGCAUUAUGCUUGACUCCGAUAGCCCGCAGCUUUUGAAACAAAACGACAGGAUCCGCUUCGGCAACAACCAUCUCUUCCGCUUUAACAAUCCCCUGGAAGCAGCCGAACAUGAAAGGCUUCGUCAGCAGGCAAUAUCCAGGGGAGAAACCCCUCCAGAAGCCCCAGUCAUCGACUGGGAAUUCGCUCAGCACGAACUUGCAAUUGCUGCUGGACAUUCAGAUGUGUUGGUGGAGAGCGAGCAAGAAUUGAAGAUGGCAGAGGAAAUGAAGAAGAAAAUUGAAGAAGCAGAGACAAGAUUGCAGCAGGAACGCGAAGAAGUGCAAAAGAAACUCGAAGAGCAGCAGCUCAUAAUUCAGAAAAAGGAUGAAGAGAUGAAAAGCCUGGUUGGAAAGGAGAAGGAGGAAGCGCAGAAGAAAUUCGAAGCAGAAGAGCGCGCACUACUUGAGCGUCAAAAGCAGUUGGAGGAACAACUGCGGCACAGGGAGGAAGAGGCUGAGCAGCUUCGAGCACAGCAGAGCAAGAAGAGGAGAGAAAAUGAAUUACUGCAUGACAGGAUCGUAUCCAUGCUUCCGCUAAUCCACGAAGCAAACAUGAUCAGUGAGGAGCUUGACAAGGGAUGUAAGUUUGAGCUCAAGAUUGUGCAGAGAAAUGUCAUGGAGACUAGACAGAGGAUGAGGAGAAACUCAAUAGGCUCCUUGCAGAAUGAGAACACGAUUGCUGUCAGAGUAGUAGAUACAUUGACAGAGAAGAAUCGACUGUGGUCGCGGGAAAAGUUUAUGGAUCGCAUUUACAGCAUGCGAGAUUACUAUCAUAGGGAAAUCCACCUGCUGGACAGCGAAGAAGAAGAUUCGAAAAAAGAAGAUCCAUUCAGAGAUGUCGACGACGAUGUUGUGUUGGGUCAUGCUCACGUCUACCUUGAGAGUCUUUACUGGCUAAUUCCAAUUGAACUGACGACGCCAAUCAUCGACUACAAGGGAAAGUCGGAGGGCGAGAUCAGCGUCAAGAUUGAAGUGCUCAACGAGCAGGGCAAGACCUUUGAGGUGGAGGAUGGAGUGCCAGCAGAAAACAUCCGGGACAUUUGGAUGUCAAAUGCAGUUCUGCAAGUUGAGAUUUUGUCUGCUCGAGGUCUUCCCGAUCAUCUUCACAACUACUUGGUCGUCUACAUUGACUUCAAUGAGCAAGAGCACUACACAGAGAGAUGCAACGAGAGAACGUCUCAGCCAAUAUUUAAUCACAAGAGAAGAUUUCCAGUCGUCCUCAACGAGGAAUUCGAACAGACCCUGUUAGCAGAGGCCAUCUCGUUCCAGAUCCAAGGAGUAGAGUCUUUCAAUCCCAAUCACGCCACCCGGAAGGGAAACUUUCGUGCGUCCCAUGCAGAGAUUGCCGAGAUGAAUCAGAAGAAUGAAAAGAAGCAACGAGAGCUCGAGGAGAAGGAAGCUCGAUUGAAAGAGCUGGAGGAGAAUCUUCUCCGACCAAUUACCUCUGCAUCUGCAUCUUCGGAAAUCAAGAAGGAGGGAUGGAGCUCCGAUAUUCUCAUAAUCGAGGAAGAGGACGAUGACGAUCUGAAUAUGCGCCAAUAUGAAGCGGGCACUGCCUCGAACACGAAGCCCGAGACAGCUGAAAAGUUGGCAGAAGCGGAGAAAUUCAGGCAGGAACUAGAAGCUGCUCGACUGGAGAAGCAAAGAAUCGAAGAAGAGCGCAAGAUAGAGGCCAAGCGUCUGCAAGACGAGGCAAACAAACUGAAACAAGAGAAAGAACGGCUUGAAAGAGAGUUGAAGACAAUGAAGGAUGGCAGUAGCUCGCAAAACAUUAAGGAAGACAUCGAAAAGGAGAUCCAAAAUAGACUCCAACUAGAAAGACAGAAAUUGCAGAAGCAGAUGGAGGAGGAGGCAAAGAAGCUGCAGGAAGAGCGUGAUCGACUUUUAAACGAAAAGACCCUGCAACAGGAACCCAAGACUGCACCUGCCCGCUCAGAUGAUGAAAUAAAUAAGAUUCUUGAGGAAAAAGCUCGCAUGGAGGAAGAGCUCCGAAAAGUUCGAGAAGAGCAAAAGGAUGCGUCGGAGAAGAUGAAGCAGCUUGAAUCGGGCAACAAAAAGAGCAAAGCAUGCAAUAUAAGCUGA